AGAACGACCCACACUUUGGUUAGAAACCACAGAGCCAGAGAAGAAGAGAGACCGGAGAUGUCGAGCGAAGGGAGGGUAUGCGUGACGGGCGGCAGCGGGUUCAUCGGAUCAUGGGUGAUCCGCCUCCUCCUCGAACGUGGCUACACCGUUCAUGCUACCGUCAAAGAUUUGAAUGACGAGGGCGAGACGAAGCACUUGCUAGGCCUCGACGGGGCCUCGCAGCGGCUCCGCCUCUUCCAGAUCGAUUUGCUUGACUACACCUCCAUCCUGGCGGCAAUCCAAGGCACCACCGGCGUCUUCCACCUUGCUUCCCCCAACGUGCUCAUCCCCGUCCAAGAUCCUCAGAGGGAGCUGCUGGAUCCCGCGGAGAAGGGGACACUCAACGUGCUCCGCGCGGCGCAGGAGAGCAAGGUGAGGCGAGUGGUUGUGACGUCGUCAACGGCAGCCAUCUUCCCCAACCCCAGCUGGCCCGCCGGCAUGGCCUACAAUGAGGACUCGUGGACCGACAUCGACCACUGCAAGAAGCUCGAGCUCUGGUAUCCGGUUUCGAAAAUUUUGGCGGAGAGAGCAGCCUGGGAGUUCGCCGCGAAAGAGGGGCUGGACGUGGUGGUGAUCAAUCCUUCGGUGGUAUUGGGUCCCGUCCUUCCCCCAGCCAUCGGUGCCUCCGUGGCCACUUUGCUCGACCUUCUCCAGGGUAGAGUAGCAGAGUUAGAGAACUUGCACAUGGGAUGUGUUGAUGUGAGAGAUGUGGCACUGGCUCACGUUCUGUUAUAUGAGAAGCCAUCGGCACAGGGACGGCAUCUAUGUGUGGAGGCUAUGACCCGUUGGUGCGACUUUGUAGCUAAGGUUGCCGAGCUCUACCCUGAAUUCCAAGUUCCAAGGCAUUUAGAGGACAAACAACCUUGGCUGGUUAGGGCAGAGAGUCCAUCAAAGAAGUUGAUGGAACUGGGUCUUCAUUUCAGAUCCAUGGAACAAGUGAUCAAGGAUACUGUGGACAGUUUGAAGAGCAAAGGCUACCUCUAGUGAACGAGCUAUCUGAUUGUUGGAUAUUUGUAUGUUGUUUGUUGAUAAUCUGAAGACUACUUGAUUUGAGAAGACUAAAAUCUGCAAGCAUAGUUUAUAUAUGCACCUUUUGUGCAGGAUUUCUAGCAACUCUGUGUCGUUGUCGUCUCAGGUUAUGUAGGCUGAUUGUUUUAUGAAAAUGCUUGCAGAAUCUUUGUAUGCAUACAUACUUUUGUUACUGUAGAUUGCAACUUAUUGAUGAAUAUAAUAUCCGUAAAGAUAAUAUCCGUAAAGAUAA